CUGGCAGGUCACAGAUCUAUUGAUUUCUUCCUCGCUCCCAAGCAUGACUCGAUGAUAACGAUCUAAUGUAUUCUGCAUUUGCAUUUCCACCAUGGAGUUUGAGGUGUCCUAUUCACUAGACAAUGAACAGCAAUUCUGGGAUGAACUUGAUGAAAUCGUUUCAGCACAUUGUCAAUCGCAUGCGCUUAUCGAUAAUGCUCUCCGGUCAUACCUGAGCUUCACAACAAACUACAAAGAUGAAUACUUACAAUCAGAAUACGACAUUGCGCGCUGCUCCUACAAGCUCCUUAGAUCAAACCUCUUCCAGACGCACAAAGAAUAUGUCAGGAGGCAGAUUGUCUACGGGCUUCUCCAGGAAGACGAUGCCAAUAUGCUCCACGUAAUAACCUCAUUCCUUUUGUUCGACGGCCAGCAAGAUGAGAAGACAUUUGAGAUGAUGAGUCAAGAGGGCGCCUUUCCUCGACUGCUUGAGCUCGCCAAAAAUGCCAACCUUAAUGAGGAUACUGGGCUUCAUAGAAUGCUCUUGGAGCUUCUCUAUGAAAUGUCACGAAUACAGCGUCUAAGACCAGACGAAUUAAUGCUUGUUGAUGAUCACUUUAUUUCAUACCUAUUUCAAAUCAUUGAGGAGUUAGCGAAUGAUGUUAAUGACCCGUAUCAUGGUCCAGUGAUUAAAGUACUGCUGGUCCUAAACGAACAAUACAUGCUUUCAGCGCAUGAUCCACAGGCCUCGGAUAUCCACGGGGUCUUACUGACCAACCGAGUCAUUAAGGUGUUGUCACUCCGUGGUGGGUGCUUCAAGACGUUUGGAGAGAACCUAAUUCUCCUUUUGAAUCGCGAAAGCGAGACUUCUCUUCAAUUGCUUAUCCUCAAGCUCCUUUAUCUCUUAUUCACGACCCGCACAACCUAUGAGUAUUUUUACACCAACGAUCUCUACGUACUUGUCGACGUGAUCAUUCGUAACAUUCUGGAUCUUCCCGAGGAAUCCUCAGCACUACGUCAUACCUAUCUCCGCGUCUUGCAUCCACUUCUGGCUCACACGCAGCUUCGGGAUCCGCCGCACUACAAACGCCAGGAAAUUCUCAGGCUCCUUUCAAUCCUGACGACCCGGCGGAGCGCCCACUUUGCCCCAAUUGACGACACCACUGCGCGUCUUGUAGGGCGAGUCGCCAGUGUUUCAUGGCUGGCCAAUGAAACGCGUGAUUCGGGCGAAGUAGCAAGGAGGCUUCUCCGCAUUCACGAAGGUCCGGCGGGAGAAAGCUCUUUGUCAGUCGCCGAAGUCGCAUCUCAACAGGAGAAGCCGGGUGUGCUUACGCCCAGCCGGGACCCCACGGCGAAAGGCCGAGCCGCUUCAAAAGAAGAAGAAAUAAUCAUCGCAUCAGAGCAUGGUAUUGUUCACAGUACCGAAGCUGUAUCAGCGGGGAAGAGCCCCUUUGAAGUAGAAGGCGAAAUAUCCGCAUAGGAUUAGAUUUAAUGCCCCUGUCGGCCGUUUAAAGGUGUGUUGGCCAAUGCCAGCAUUAUAUUUGUUACUUGAUACCGUUCGAAUACCCCGCCAUUUGUUUGUAUUUCUUUUUCUUCGCGUCUUUUGCGUUGGCGGUCUUACAUUACCUUUCGCAAGCUCACCUGAGACUGUCUCUCUGGAGAUCAACGAAGAAUCUUUGACUGCGCUGAAACUUUUUCCCCGGCAGUUGGGCCUACCGAGUAAAUGACAUUGUCCCCUUGCAUGCCAUAUGUUCAGGCUGUUCUAGCUCGGAUUGGUUAUACGAAACUACGUACAU